AUUGAGACUCCAAUACUCAUAUCUCAUACAAAGAUUUAAAUAUAUAUUUCUUAUUAUCUAUUUUUAUGUAAAAUCAUAUAUAAGUUAUAGGGGUUCAUCUUGAUUUUGUCGAGAAUUCAGAUCAAAAUUUCAGUUUUGUAUCGUAAAACGAUGAGGUUUCUAAGCCUCGUCGGAAACUCAUUCGGUUGUUCUGCGUCCGGCGAACGCUUAGUAUCAGCGGCCAGAGACGGCGAUUUACAAGAAGCCAAAGCUCUCUUAGAUUACAAUCCAAGACUCGCUCGUUACUCUACUUUUGGCGUUCGUAACUCUCCUCUUCAUUACUCUGCCGCUCAAGGCCACCAUGAGAUAGUUUCUCUGUUGGUGGAAUCAGGAGUUGAUAUUAAUCUCCGGAACUACCGUGGACAGACGGCUUUGAUGCAAGCUUGUCAACAUGGUCAUUGGGAGGUUGUUUUGAUUCUGAUUCUUUUUGGUGCUAAUAUUCACAGAUCAGAUUACUUAAAUGGCGGUACUGCUUUACACCUUGCGGCUUUAAAUGGUCAUCCUCGGUGUAUCAGGAUCUUGCUUUCGGAGUAUAUACCAAGUGUUCCUAAUUGCUGGAGCCUAUUGAAGAAUAAGAAAUCUUCUGUUGCUGGAUUUGAUCCAAGUGUUCUUUACGAAGUGAUCAACAGAGCAGCAGAUGGAGGAAUCACACCUCUUCAUGUGGCGGCUUUGAACGGACAUAUAGAGACGGUGCAGUUACUCUUGGAUUUGGGAGCUUCGGUUACUCAGGUCACAGUGGAAGAUGGAACCACAAUAGAUCUUAUAGGUGCUGGGAGUACAGCUCUCCAUUAUGCUUCAUGUGGCGGAAACACACAGUGUUGCCAGCUUUUGAUCAGUAAGGGUGCUUGUUUGGCUGCCGUAAACUCCAAUGGAUGGACGCCAUUGAUGGUUGCUCGUUCAUGGCACCGGAACUGGCUGGAAGAAAUCCUGAACCCAACCACAGAACAACCACAACUCCAUUUGCCAAAAGUCCCCUCUCCUUUCCUCUGCCUUCCUUUAAUGAGCAUUGUCAAGAUUGCUCAAGAAUGUGGCUGGCGAGAAAACGAUUGUCUCACUCCAUGUCGUGACCCUUGUGCCGUUUGUUUGGAAAGAAAAUGCACUGUAGCAGCAGAUGGAUGUGCUCAUGAGUUCUGCACAAACUGUGCAUUAUACCUAAGCACCACAAACAUAACAUCGUCGAAGACAUCACAAGCCACACCAGGCUCUGUCCCAUGUCCUCUAUGUCGCAACGGCAUUGUAUCUUUCACCAAACUUCCCCAUACAAUAACAGCAACAACAACAACAUCAUCAAGAGCUAGCAUCUCCUUGUCCUUCUGCACUUGCUCCUCUGAUGUCUUAGACACAGCUCUCCUCACUAACCCUCAUUACAGUUGUAGACCGGUUGUGUCAAGAUCCGGUUCUCGAAUUCCACAAUCUGCUAGAUCAUCAUCGUUUCGGUCUCUUAGCUGCCGUCGGUUUCCUCCAAGUCUCUGCCUUGGUGGCUCAGAUGUUGAUGAACCGCAAAGCCGGUUAAUGGGUGGAUCAUAUUCAAGAUCCGGUGUAGGAUUCAGGCGAUCGACGUCUCAGGUUGAAGGGAAACGUUCUUGGUUUUCUGCACUUAACCAUUGUGUUACAACCAGUGGAAGUGCUUGCUAACUCAAAACGAUCGUCGUUUUUUUUUUCCCUUUUUAUAACUUUUUGUUCAAUGUGCUAAUUGAUUCUGUGAAUGGUGUGGUGAUUAUUCAUUUUGUAAUAAAAAUAAUUAAAUUGG